AUGGCGGAGAACGAUGUGACUAAAGUAAAAAAGAUUGAACGAACAAAUUUAGAUAAUAGUAACAGUGCCAUUCGAUUUGAAGGAAUUUUGGCAACAAACAGUUUUCGAACUUUAGAGCGAUAUGGAUAUACAACAAAAGUUUCUGAAUUUGAUGACUUAACUGAAGCGUUGAAAAAAUUCCAAGAGGAAAUGGGUCUAAAAAUUUCCGGUGAAUUAGAUGACGAUACCAUUGAUGUUAUGAAAAGACCUCGUUGCGGAGGGAAAUUAAUACUGAACCGGUCGGAUCGAGUUAAAAGAUUUGCACAUUCCUCUCGUUGGGAAAAAAUGACUUCUGACAAUGUUCUCAGGCUGAAAUGGUUUAUCAGCCAAUACACUAAGGAUAUGUCAGUAUCAGAAAUAAGGUCCAUAGUUAAAAAAUCAUUCGGGUUAUGGUCUACUCAAACGAUAAUUCACUCAAUGCCAUCGGUAACGCUGGUGUUUGAGGAGGCCAAAGACGAGCACGACGCCGAUAUCACCAUCCUUUGGGCAGAGGGUGAGCACGGUGACGAAUAUAAAUUUGACGACGCUGGUGAUGAAAUUAACAUUUUAGCACAUACUUUCUAUCCCAACUAUCAUCGAGGAACUCUCAACGGCGACAUACAUCUUGAUGAUGCUGAAACAUGGACAAGUGAUGGACGUUAUGGUGGUACAACGUUCGCCAACGUUUUUAUUCAUGAAAUUGGUCAUGCUUUAGGUUUAGGACAUAGCAAACAGGAAGAGGCAAUUAUGUUUCCGGUCUACAAAAAACAUCCGAGAGAGCAUGAACAUUUUGAUUUGGAUGACAAAUGUGCGAUAAAUUGGAACUAUAUUGGUCCCUCAAAUACAUGUUUGUUCGUAUGGAUAAUGUCUGAGAUUGUUAAACACCAAGUGGAUCAUAACAGCAAAAAUGGAAUGGUGGCUAAUAAUGAGACACCUAUUCCACGUUGUAAAGAAGAUAAUGAAGUUCAAGAAAAAAUAGAGCAUAAACUGUGGCGAGAGCUUAACGUUGAUCCACAAAAAGCUCAUGAAUACAGUAAAUUGUCAUGCAGAUUUUUGAACGGUUUGCACCGCGAAUUUCGUGAACAUCCAUUUUCGUUAGACGAAGCGUCUCUUAACAAUCAAACAAAGUUACUGGAAUUACCAACGGUACGUCAGAAACGACAUCUGCGACACUUACGACAUCGACGAAUACGCUAUCAUAAAAACCGUCAUUCGUUAAGUUUUCACGAUGACGAUGCCUUUAACAGCAGAUUUUUUGACAAUUUUUUAUCGUUAUAUACACAGUGA